UCCCGUCAGUAUUGAAUAUGCACUCUCCUCAUCUGACUUCGGCUCAUAGAAAAUUGCGAUUGUUUUACAUUCAUAAAGUUAAUUCAUAAAGUUAAUAAUCAAAUAAUGGACAAACAUUUUUUUUACUAAUUCGAUUACCGUAUGCGUUAAUUUAUACAGAGACAAACUUAAUUAAUCAAGUUUUAUUACAUUUUCGGGUCGGUUUUAAAAAGUGUUAAAUUAAUUCAAGUAAACUUUUCUCCAUAAUUUGAACGGAAUUAUGGCAAGCUGUUCACCUAUUGGGGAGAAAUCGGCGGAAAAACGGGGACAUGAAAAAUUAAAUGACAGCAUCACGGACAAAUUUUUUUAUGAAAUAUGCAAACAAGAAGGUAUCAGCUCACGUCAAUUUUUCCAAACUGAAACGGAUUCUUCGGUUCAGAAGAAGACGGGGAGUGAGCACAUCAUUUAUUACAAGCCUUUCCUCAAUUACGACUUGGUCAUAAGGAAUAUUCCGAUGCACGGGUGCAAUGGGGUUUUCGAAAUUCGGAUAAAACCUGUCGACUGGGCGCGAGCAUUUAAUCAGUUGGAUUUUCUCCCCACGAUAAAAUUUCUUUAUGUUGCCCUUCUUACGGAUCAAUGUCGACGUGUGAUUGACGCUGAUUUAACGGCGAGGCGGAACAUGCUGGAAAUCUUAAGGAGAGCUGCGGCAUGGAUGAUGUCAAAAAUUUGAUCAAAACACCCACAUCGAUCCGUGGUCUUUUCCUCUCGAAUUUUCCGAACUCAUUGCCACUAUCCCGCCGCCGUCCGUGCAAAGCGGCGCCAAGGAAAUAGACGAUAUCUUGAAAAAAUUGAACCCGGUUGAGCACCUUCGACACGUCGUCGAGCAAGAAAGACGUCAAGAAUCGACAGACUUUUCCGUCAACCUUAAUUAUUGGGAUUUUGAAUUUUCUGAACUCGCCCGAUUGGAAGAAACCGAAAAAGAGGAUACAAAGUUUGAAGAAUUGUACAAAAAGUGUGUCGACUACGUUGGACGAAGUCCUGAUGUUAAGUUGAAUACAGCUCAAAUAGCGGCGUCCUUGACGAAAAGUACUAUUCAAAGUAAUACGGAUCAAUUUGUGGACGCCGUACAAUUUAGCGACUUGAGGUGGCGAAAGGCAUUCAAGCAGGGGAAGCAUUCCAUCGAAAAUGUAGCCGCUAGACUGUCCAGUACAAUAUUAAGAUUGGAUUUCGACAAAAAACUUGACCGCUUUCAAGUCCGUGGACGACAUUGACCCGCCAAAACUUACCGCGAUUUAUCGUGGGUCUAAAUUCCUUUACGAGCGACGAUCCCUCCGUGACGGGGACAAAGAAGAAUUUGAUUCCAGAAUCGUAUCCCACAACGUGUUUCCCACGCGGGACGAGUGCAUCAGGAUAAACAAUGAGGUGCUCAUUUACGGCACUGCAAACGUGCUCAAGCGGGUUGAACUUAUAGAUCAACAAGCUACCGGGAGUGUGGAUAUUGCGGGAGGGGGAAAUUCGAAUCAAAUUCCCCCCGACUUAAACCUGAACUUGGAAACAAUCUUGUCUGAUUUGGUAUUGCCGCCAUUGGGACAAGGUUCUUCCGACGUGGGAACAUUUGCAAACGCUACAACUGCAGCAAGUUCGCAAGAUGUCGCUGAAAUGGCGACCACUUCAAGCAACCAUAUUCAAAUGGAUAUAGGGGAACAACCGUUUGACCAGGGGCAAGGAACUACAAAUACGAUUAAGAUUUUGGGCUUUAUACCAAAUACGGGAAUAAACGCAUCGGACGAGCAUGUGUUUAGUACAAACGCUUCGCAGAUUAUUCAUUUCGGAAACUUUAACAAUUUUUCCGUCGAAGAUAAACCGUAUGACCGGGUGUAUCUUGAAGCUUUGAAAUUGAACAAGACGCUGAGAGGAAUUGAGCCCAAAUUGUUGCUGACUGGAUGCACCGAGACCAUCAUGGUUUUUCUGACGGUUGGGAUUGAGAAAAAGCAGUCGGAUGGGACACUUGUGGUCGAGACGAGGUCACACGCUUACUCGAAGACGACCUGGGUCAAGGCGGAUGAAAUCUACCGGGCCGCGGGGCCGAUUUCCCUGGGAACAAACUUCCUACUGAAGCAACUGUUUAAAAAGGAUGAACUCAAAAACUUCACCCCGUCGGGAAGACUACCCAAGAAGAAAAGUGGGGAUCAACAGGAUGCUACGGGAUCCGAGGCUACCGGAACCGAACUACGGGAAAGCGGACUACUGGACCAGGGUCGACAGGAACAACUAUUUGAUACAAUUCGCUACUUGAUCUGGGAAAUUGGCCUGUUACAGGCCGAGAUGUACAAUCUUGUCGAGAAAACAUUGAAAACUGACAUUUUCAACGUGGGGAGCAAAGUAGUUCGAGAAAGUUGAAGAGCGAUGAGGCCUACUACAACAAUUUCAAUGAUUGGGAAUAAUUUUUACCUACAAGGGACACUUAACUUAUGCGUAAUCGAUAUUUGAUCCAAAUUAGUGCCAUUCGACAGAUAAUUUUGUGAAACUAAAACUUUUAAAUGGAACUUGUGGUGCAAAUUUAGGUUGAAGCAAAAUAUUUCGCAAAAUAUGCGUAAAAACAAGGCGGUUUUGCAACGUAAUAUUCGACUCUCAUUUCAAUCGUGGAUUUAUUCCGAUGGAUCCAUUUAUUUCAAGAUUUUACAUUAUUUUUUCUAAAUUAAAAUGUCUAGCUUUUUUGAUUCUUCCUCGAAAUUUUCAAAAAAAGCCACCAUUUCGCAAAUUUAGGAGAUAAUCGAACAUUUGUCGAAAUUUUAUUUUAAAUUAUGAAAUUUUUAAAAAUUAUAAUUUGUUUGUUGAAAUCAUGAAAUAUUUUCGAAAUUAUGAAAUUUUGUUGAUUUGCGAUUAUUUUGAAAUUUAAUUAAUUGUGCAAAAUCUUUCAAGCAAAUAAUUGAAAAGUUGGUUGCAAAUCCCGAAACAUGUAUAGUAUGUGCGUGUUGCAAAAUUUCUCACUUUAACCUCAAUUUGCACCACUCGCUCUAUAACAAGUUUAUAGUUUUAUGAAAUUCUUUGUCUAAAGAAUUUUUUCGAUUUUUUUGUAACAAACUUAUAAAAAUUACAAAUAAUAA